AUGACGCAAUCAGACUGCCGCUUUUUUGGCGUCGACUAUAACCGCUUUAUUGGCGUCGACUAUAACCGCUUUAUUGGCGUACUUCGCAGUUCUCGUUUCGACUUAGCCGAACGCUACUACUUCCAGAUGUUCCCUCAGGACGACAUGGAUAAAUUGAAUUAUGUUCCUGAUAUUUGGGCUUUUAACAUUUAUUUGAAUCUUUUGUGUAGAGAAAAAAUGAUAGAUUUAGCUUUAGAGGAUUUCCAUAGCAUUGUUAAGAAAGGGAGAGACCCAGAUGUCGUAACGUAUACUAUAAUGAUUGAUGGGGUGUGUAAAGUCGGAAGGUUUAAUAGUGCUGUUGGGCUUUGGAAGGAAAUGGUAGGGAAAGGUUUAAGUCCCGAUAAUAAAGCGUGUUGUGCGCUUGUUGUUGGCUUUUGUGAAGUUGGGAAGGUUGAUUUGGCGUAUGAGCUUGUUGUUGAGGAGGCUGACAAGUUGUUUAAAAAGAUGGAGAGGAGUGGAAUCAGACCUGAUGUCUAUAGUUAUAACCAGAUGAUUAAGGGGCUUUGUAAUACUAAUAAGCCAGAUAAAGCAUAUUUGUUGAUGGUGAACAAGAUGGAGGCGGAUGGGUUGGUUGAUGCUGUUUCUUAUAAUACCGUCAUCGAAGCAUUUUGCAAGGAUGGUCAUAUUGGAAAGGCUUACAGGCUGUUUGAGGAUAUGGGUAGGAAGGGGAUUGCACCAGAUGUGGUGACACUCACAACUCUUAUAAAAAAUUUUCUUAACAAAGGUAGUUCUGGUAUAGCAAAAACACUUCUUGAUCGGAUGUCAGCGAUGGGUCUGUUGCCGGAUUGUAUUUUCUAUACUACAAUUAUUGACCACCUAUGCAAAAGAGGGAAAGUUGAAACGGCUUGUAGUAUUUUUAAUGAUAUGAUAAUACAGGGAGUUGGCCCUGAUGUGAUUUCAUACAAUGCCCUCAAAAACGGAUUUUGCAAGUCUAAGAGAGUAACUGAAGCCAUACAUCUAUAUGAAGAAAUGCAGAGUAAAGGAUUCUCUCCAGAUGAGACGACUUUCAAAUUGAUAAUUGGCGGGCUCAUAUGUGAAAAGAAGCUCUCUGAGGCUUGCCAAGUAUGGGGUCAGAUGAUGGAGAAGGGUUUUACUCUUGAUAGAGCUGUUUCUGAAACACUGAUCAAUGCUAUCCAUUCAAUAGACUAUGCAUGA